AAGAAGAAUAGGCAGGCUCCUCCCACUCAAGAUGGCGACCUAGAGGAAAGUCCACGCUCGUUUGUUGACAUAAAUUGGAAAACCAAACUUAUGCUGUAUUAGUGGAUUUACAACUACCAUAAUUAUGUCGAGAAUCAUCGUUAAAAACCUCCCUAAUGGGAUGAAGGAGGAGAGGUUCAAGUCGAUGUUUGCAGCCUUUGGCACCGUGACAGACUGCUCCCUGAAGUUUACAAAGGACGGCAAAUUCCGCAAGUUCGGCUUUGUGGGUUUUAAAGCCGAGGAAGAUGCGAACAGAGCUCUGAAACAUUAUAACAAGAGCUUCGUGGACACGUCUAAAGUGACGGUGGAGAUGUGUAAGGCCUUUGGAGACCCAACUAAAGCAAAAGCCUGGAGCAAACAUACCCAGAGUUCAGGCCCGGACAAACCCUCCACUCCUGCAGACACUGACAGCAAGAAGAAAAAGAAACAGAAAAAGGAAACCAACAGCACACUUGGAAAUCUGGAAGAGGACCAGGGAUUCAAGGAGUUUCUGUCAGUACAUCAGAAUCGAAGCCAAGCACCAACCUGGGCGAACGACACUGUGCAGCUAAAACCUGAUCCUGACGAUAGACGGACAAAGACUCAGGGCAAGAAGAAGCCUGCUUCAGAUGAUUACCUCAACUUUGAUUCGGACCAGUCAGAGGAUGAGGAAGAAGAAUAUGAUGAAGGUGCCUCUAAAGAAGCACUGAAGUCUGGCUUGUCAGAUAUGGAGUACCUACGCUCAAAGGUGGCCCAGACAGAUGACACCAUGGAGGAGAAUGAACUGAAGGAUGAUGGUGCAGGUGGCGAUGAUGAGGAUAAUGGUCCUGUGCAGCACACAGACAGCGCCUAUGAGAGUGGCGACACCUCAAAGACCAACACCACAGUUUCCUCUGAGGAUAAGAAGCACAGCAAAGCGAAGAAAACUGCAAAGCAAGAGACGGAGCCGGUGACGGAGUUCACGGUGAAGCUGAGAGGAGCCCCGUUCAAUGUGAAAGAGCAACAAAUUCGAGAGUUCAUGACCCCGCUGAAGCCUGCAGCGAUCAGGAUUGGAAAGAACGAAAGUGGAAAUAGAACAGGUUAUGUGUAUGUGGACUUGCUCUCUGAAGAACAGGUGGAAAAGGCUUUGAAGAAGAAUAAAGACUACAUAGGUGGGCGUUACAUUGAGGUCUUCCGUGUGGAUGCCUCUGGGGGUAAGGGCAAGAGAGACAGAAAGGACAAAGAAAUUGACAGAAACUUCACCAGGAAGCUCAAGGAGGACGAGGAGGAGGAAGAUGUUGCAGAGUCAGGUCGGCUCUUCAUCAGGAACCUUCCGUACACCUGCACCGAGGAAGAGAUCAAAGAGCUGUUUGCUAAACAUGGACCGUUAUCUGAGGUGCUCUUCCCUAUUGACAAUCUAACCAAGAAACCUAAAGGGUUUGCUUUCAUAACAUACAUGAUACCAGAGAAUGCUGUAACAGCUCUGGCUCAGCUGGAUGGACAUAUAUUUCAGGGCAGGAUGCUUCACCUGCUUCCCUCCACAGUGAAGAAGGAGAAGACAGACUCUUCAGAUGCUGGCGGUCCUGGCUCUUCGUCUUUCAAGCGGCAAAAAGAUGCUAAAAAUAAAGCCUCAAGUUCCAGCUCCCACAACUGGAACACCCUGUUUCUGGGCACAAGUGCAGUGGCAGAUGCCAUUGCUGAAAAAUACAACACCACAAAAAGCCAAGUCCUAGACCAUGAGUCAAAGGGAAGCGUUGCAGUAAGAAUGGCUCUGGGAGAGACACAGAUCGUUCAGGAGACUCGACAGUUUCUGCUAGACAACGCUGUCAGUCUGGAUUCCUUUAGUCAGGCGGCAGCAGAGAGGAGCACAACUGUGAUCCUGGUGAAAAACCUUCCAGCUGGAGUGACGACGUCAGAGUUGGAGGAGCUUUUCUCGCCUCAUGGCUCUUUGGGCCGAGUGCUGCUGCCGCCAUCGGGGCUCACCGCCAUCAUUGAGUUCCUUGAGCCAACGGAGGCAAAACGAGCCUUCACUCGGCUGGCCUACAGCAAGUUCCAACACGUCCCGCUGUAUUUGGAGUGGGCACCUGUGGGGGUGUUUGUGGCAGCCAAACCGGAAUCAGUAUUAGAAAAAGUGGAGCCAGUGAAAGAGGAGAAGAAGGAAGAAGAGGAAGAAGAAGAUGAGGAGGAGGAGGAGGAAUCUGCUCCUGGUUCCACACUUUUCAUUAAGAAUCUUAAUUUCAGCACGACAGAGGAGAAACUACAGGAGACAUUCUCCAAAUGUGGCAAAGUCAAGUCCUGCUCCAUCUCCAGAAAGAAAGAUAAAACAGGCAAGCUGUUGUCAAUGGGCUACGGUUUUGUCCAGUAUCAGACGGCAGAGGCAGCACAGAAAGCCCUGAGGCAGCUACAGCACUGUACUGUGGAUGAUCACCAGUUAGAGCUGAAGAUUUCUGAGAGAGCCACCAGGACUACUGAGGUUUCACGCAAGAAGAAGCAAGUAGAGAAAAAACAGACAGGAUCGAAGAUCCUUGUGCGCAACGUCCCCUUCCAAGCCACUGUUAGGGAAAUUCGGGAGCUCUUCUGUACAUUUGGAGAGCUGAAAACAGUCCGUCUUCCAAAGAAGGCAGCUGGUUCAGGGAAUCAUAGAGGCUUUGGGUUUAUUGACUUUGUCACCAAACAGGAUGCUAAGAAAGCGUUUGCUGCCCUGUGCCACAGCACCCAUCUGUAUGGGAGGCGCCUUGUGCUGGAGUGGGCUGAUGCUGAGGAAACAGUAGAGACGCUGAGACGGAAAACAGCGGAACAUUUUCAUGUGGCUGCCAAGAAGCAGCGGAAGGCAGAGGUUUUGGAAGGAAUUCUGGAAACAAUGGAAACCGAAGGGGGUGUGCAAGACUGAGUUCCCUAAACGCCUCGACACAACUCUGACCAGUGCUCCUGUCUUUUUCUGUAUAAAUAAAACUGUUGACAAAAGAAGGACCCGAUCUGCAUGUGCAGGAGGAGCAAAUUAUAAUGAAUUUUGCAGAACUUCGAAAACCUCGGAAAUUUCUUACAUUUCACAUGUUUUGUACAGAGUGAUGCCUCAAAGAAAGAUGUCAGUUUUUAUAUAAAAUUUUAUUUCAUGCUUUAAAA